AUGCUCUUUGAGACCUUCAAUGUGACUGACAAGACCGACGUCAAAGCACUUGCUGGAUACAUGUCCGGUGUACUCGACCAGUCUCGCAUUGUAGACCUGAAGCUUAUGACCGGCAAGGCCCGUAGCAAAGCGCUCUACAUCCUUGCAUACAUCAAUGCCAAGGAGGUCCGCUCGACCGCCCAGGUCCUGCCGCGGCAGAGGGACGGCAGAUUCAGGCUUCGCAUAAUCCGCGACUUCCCCGUGGAGGAGGACGCAGCGCCCCGCGUGCUGCGGGUGGGCGCCAACACCAACUCUACGGCUCUGGCAAAUCUUAUGGCAUAUAGGCUACGGUCUGCAGACUCUCUGAACGGCGAGAGCCGGGCCAACACAGUGCAGCUGGAGUUGCAGGGCACCGGCGCCUCCUCCUGCGCAUUGAUGGCGGUGGAGAAAGCUCAUUGCAUUACGUCCCGAGAAAUAUCCUUCGUUGUCCGCUUUGCACAGAGCGACGAGGGCCAGGACGAGCGGCCCAUCAUUGCUGCAACCGUCACGGCCACCUGA